AUGACCAAACUUGAUGAAUCCCCCUACACGAUACUGGGUAUUCCAAAGGACUCCGAGCCAGAAGCCAUCAAAAAGGCUUACCGAAAGCUGGCCUUGAAAUGGCAUCCCGACAAGCAUCAAGAGGCCGCUGACAAGGAGGUGGCUGAGAAGAAGUUCAAAAAGAUUGCGCAGGCUUAUGAAAUCUUGUCAGAUGGUAAGAAGAAGUCCGCACUAGACCGUGAAGCCGGCCGAACACGCCGGCCAUUCCGAGAAGAAGUUUUCCGUGAAUUUUCGACUGUUAUUCGCUUCUCCUCAGCCACAGAACCGGGUAAAGCCGUCUCGACCACAAAAACGACCACCACUACAAAGGUGAUCGACGGUAAGAAAAUCGUCACAAAACGAACAGAAGACAACGGCAAAGAGAUGGUGGAGACGUACGAAGAUGGAAAGCUGAAAUCGCAGGUGGUUCACGCUACAGCUGUCGCAGCUAAU